AUGUCCCUCUUCGGCAGUUCCCCGCCAGACGGUUCGCCCGACUUGCGAUCGAGCAACUUCGGCAACAACAACAGAUCAUCCUUGUUUGAAGACGAGCCCCCGAUGACGAGGUCAACGACCACGGCCUUGUUCGCCGACGACGAUCCCGGAUCCGAUUCGCCUUGGGAUCUGCCGACGCCGCGAAAGCAGCAGACCCGUACCGACUUGAUCCGGAAUCUCCUCCCCGCCUCCGACGUGCCUGACACCUACAUCGACGCAUUCGACACUGUCGCUGCCGAACAUGGAAGCGGGGGGCGCAUCGAUGCUGGCGGGAUUGCCCGGACUCUCGCUGCCGCAAAGCUCGGCUCCGAUGCUCAAACGCGCAUAAUGGGCGUUGUUGCGCCUGGCGGUGGCGGCGAGGAGACGACCUUGGACAGAAACCAGUUCAAUGUGCUCCUAGCCUUGGUUGGCUUAGCUCAAGAAGGCGAGGCAGUUAGUCUCGAUGGCGUAGACGAGCGGCGUCGAGAUCUCCCCCAGCCUGACCUCCACGGCCUUAUCGAGAAGAGGCCGGCGUUACCCCAUCUCGCGGAACUCGGCGCUAGGCCACCACAGCGCCCUGCGACGACGCCACCCAAAGCCCCCGAGUCCGCAUCCGAGUCUUCGAAGCGGCACCGUAGUUUGAGAAACCCGUCGAUGGAGUACCCGGAAGACCCCUGGAACACGCCCGACGUGCACCGAAACCAUAACCACGCUCCUGAACCGCCGCGGCUGAAUGGUCACGAUGCGCCUGCCUUGGCCGAAACCACGAACGGGGCCUAUGGAUCCAGCCCGCAAGCCACCUUGCCGCACCACCGCACGACGUCGACAUUUACAACUAGCGCUCCUCUUUCUGGGACCGGUUCAGUAGGAGAAGUCCCAAGCGAAUGGGGAUUCUUUGACGGCAAUCCGCCUUCCGCCGGUGUGUUCGAUGAGUCCUCGCAAAAUCACACCGCUCCCGGGCCGUUCGGCGGCAUCAGUGGAAGCGGAUCCACCCGGGAGCCGGGCGACAACCUGCCGUUGGCACCAGGACCGGCACCCAGUAGGACAAUUGGCGGUGGCCGGACGGGGCGGGCUGUGGAGGAGAACAUCCUUGUGACACUGAUGCCGGAGAAAGAGGGCAUGUUCCUGUUCCAGCACCACAACUACGAGGUGACAAGUUCAAGGAGAGGAAGUAAGGUUAUUCGGCGGUACAGCGACUUUGUGUGGCUUCUCGACUGCCUGCACAAACGAUACCCCUUCCGAAUUCUGCCGCUCCUGCCGCCAAAACGAGUUGCCGUCAACGGCAACCACCUGUCGAACGAUGGCGCCUUUAUAGAGAAACGACGUCGUGGCCUGGCUAGGUUUCUGAAUGCGCUCGUUCGGCAUCCGGUUCUCAGCCAGGAACAGCUGGUUAUCAUGUUCCUGACCGUGCCAACUGAACUCGCUGUCUGGCGCAAGCAAGCCACAAUUUCCGUCCAAGACGAAUUCACCGGGCGGCGUCUGCCUCCUGGGCUCGAAGACUCGCUACCUCCGACUCUGGAGGACCUCUUCAGCCGCACUCGUGCUGGUGUCAAGCGCAGCGCCGAACUCUACGUCACAAUUUGCAAUGUGAUGGACAGAUUGGUCAAACGCUCCGAGGGGGUUGCAGCCGAUCAUGCUCGAAUAGCCCUCUCUCUAAUCUCGCUCACCGAAGUCAGCGCCGACACGUACGCCACCGAUACCAACGAUGUGCCGCUGCUCAACGACGGACUCCAAGCCAUGAGCAGGCAUCUUCGCACCGCGCAGAGCCUUAUGGAGGACGAGGCGCGGGCUUGGGAUGAGGGAGUUCUGGAAGAUCUCAAACGCCAGCGGGAUGCGCUCGUCAGCCUGAGGGACCUCUUCGAUCGCAGGGAGAGGCUCGAUAAAGACAAUAUUCCUUACCUCGAGAAACGGAUUGCGUCGAAUGAGGCCAAGCUCGCCGCGCUGCGGGCCAAGCCAGAGGGGCUGGUCAAGCCAGGCGAAAUGGAGAAGGUGGUUGAGGCCAUAAUCAAGGAUAAGGAGUCGAUUGUAAUCCAGCACAACCGGUCCGUUUUUGUCAAGGAGUGCCUUCGCGACGAACUGAGCUACUUCCAGCAUACCCAGUACAACGUCUCGCGAUGGAACCAGGAUUGGGCGCAGGAACGGGUCAAGUACGCGGAGAUGCUGGCUGAUAACUGGCGCCGGCUGCUUGACGGCCUCGAGGGGAUGCCACUCGGUGAAUAG